UUUUAUUUUUUCCUAUUUCUGUAAAGAAUUUUGUGGGUUUCUUGAUUGAGAUGGGACUGAAUCUGUAAACUACUUUUUGUAGGGUGUUCAUUUUUGCAUCUUAAUUCCACUGAUCCAUGAACACGGGUUACUUCCCUGCAUUUUAGUGUCCUUUUGCAUCUCCUUUUUUCAGGGCAUUGUAGUUUUCAUUGUAGCGGUCUUUCACCUCCUUGGUUGGUUUAUUUCAAGAUAUUUUGCUGUCUAGAAUGGUAUUGUAAAUGGAAGUGUGCCCAUAAUGUCUUACUCAGCAUUUGUUGUUGUGUCAUUACACAUUUUUAACAAGCUGCUUUGUGAAGUUUCUCAGUUAUUUGGUCUAUAGUCUAGUUACUUAUGUAAAAAAAAAAUCUGGGUGUUAGCAAGUGACAGACUCAGAACAAAGGAAGAGAGGGGUUUUCCUUUCUCAUAAUCUUGGUGAUGAUUUGAAUAUGCUUGGCCUAGGGAGUUGAAUGGUCCUAUUAGGCAGUGUGGCCUUGUUGGACAAACUGUGUCACCAUGGGGGUGGUGGACUUUGAGACCCUCCUCCUAGCUGUCUAGAAGCAAGUCUUCUUCUGUGGAGUUUCCAUCAAGAUGUAGAACUCUCUGCUCCUCCUGAACCUUGCCUGUCUAGACACUGCCAUGCUUCCUGCCUUGAUAAUAGACCCAUUUCUGAAACUGUAAGCAAGCCCCAAUUAAAUGUCCUUUAUAAGGCCGUAAGUCAUGGUGUCUUUUCACAGCAAUGAAACCCUAAGACACCCCUCCUAUUUCCUAUCUAGCUAUUCUGUCUUAAUUUAAUAAGAUCUGAGUGGUGGUUUAAAUAUUCUUGUUCCAGGGAGUGACACUAUUAGGAGGUGUGGCCUUGUUGGAGUAGGUGUGGCCUUGUUAGGAGUGGGUCACUGUGAGCAUGGGCUUUAAGACCCUCGUUCUAGCUACCUGGAAGCCAGUAUUCUGCUAGCGGCCUUCAGAUGAAGAUGUAGAACUCUCAGCUCCUCCUGCACCAUGCCUGCCUGGAUGCUGCCAUGCUCCCACCUUGAUGAUAAUGGACUGAACCUCUGAACCUGUAAGCCAGCCCCAGUUAAAUGUUGUCCUUAGAACAGUUGCCUUGGUCACGGUGUCUGUUCACAGCAGUAAAACCCUAAGACAAUUGAUCUUUGUUACUACUACUACUACUACUACUACUACUACUACUACUAUUACUACGACAACUCCUACAACUCCUCCUCCUCCUCCUCCUCCUACUACUACUACUACUGGACCAUAUCAGCAUCAUAUCGUGUUCAUGUGAAGCUAGAAAGCAAAGGGGGUCACAUACAAAUAAAACAGCCCCAGGAAACUAACUCCUGCAUUCACCCCUCUUUCUCACUUAUUCCCACCACUUCCCACUCUUUUAGACUUCCAGUUUGCAGAUCCAUGAGAAAUUUCUGUUGUAUAAGCCACUUUCUCCUGUGGUAUUUUGUUAACACAGCUCUAGCUGACUAACAACGACUGUUUAUAAACAAUAUUUGCUGGGUAUUGUAUAUGUGGUUUGAACAUCACAAUAAUUCACCAUGCUGGAAAGUAGAAUUAACACAUUUUCUCAGCAAGAAAGACAAGGUUCAGAGCGGUUAAUGGCAGAGAGGUUAAUGGCUUGCCCAGCACUAUUGGACAAGUUGCAGAGAAUAUGGAAAAUGCUGCCAGUUUCUAUUAGUCAUUACACUGUCUGAUAAACACGAAUAUAUAUGUACAUAUACAUUUAUAUACUCUGAUGCAUGUAUUAAGCAAAUAUUGCCUAUUAUCUGCCCUUUCAAUUCACUUGCACAUGCUGGUUCCUCUAUCUGAAAUAUUUCUACUACCUUUCUCCUUCGAAAUGGAAUUAUUUUUCUUUAUGGAAAGCCUGUCACUGGAUGCCUUUUCACGCAUUUCCGCAUCAUAUAUCAAAUAUAUUUUUUGUAAAUUUCAUACACACAUAUGUAGUUUAAAUCAAGCCAAUUCCAGUUCCCUCUUGCUGUGGUCCCUCUGUAUCUCCGUCCCACUUUCCCUUCUCCAAUUCCUAGUCCCUAGUCCCUUUUUUUAAAAACCCAGACUCCACAAGAUUGAAUUCUGAAGUUACAUCUACCCUUUACCUUGAGUCAUAAGCUCACCUCGCUUGUUUCCAACUUUCAUAUUUGUUAAUUUAGUGUGUCACUAGACUCCAGAUUCCUAAAAAAAUUGGGAUGUCUCCUUUUGGCAUAUUUUGGGUACAUAUUUUUGAAUGUCUGCUCGGAGAACACCCAUAUGUAUUGAAAGAAAUGUCCCUAAUAUCUAUUAUGUGCCGAGUGACCUGCCCAGAAUACAAGACAGGAGCACUGUCAAGAGUUCUUGUAAAGGGUGCCUUAUGAUCUUAGGCUGUAGUCAUGUGCCGGUCUCUUAGCCGGGUCUCCUCAAAGUCAGCGCUUGGUCAAAACAACGCAAAACAGAACAAAAGAGAACUUUAGGUGAGCGAAGCUAGAGGGAGUUAAUUUCAGAAGGCCAGCGGCGCCGCGGAAUCUACAGUCUGCGCCUGCGCCUGCGCCUGCGCCUGCGCCGUUCGGGUCGUGCAAGCCUCAGGUCGGCACGCAAACGGAAGACGUGGAAAUGACGUCAAACACGCAAGGGCCGAGACUCCCUCAGCGCGGUGGCUGCUGGGUGUUGCGCGCCUUGCCCCUCUAGCUCCCCUCCCAGCCCGCGUCUCCUCCCCCUCCGCUCGCCUGCUCCCUGGCGUGACUCGGCACUCGCAGCACCGGGAGGACACGUCGUGGUCGCCGUUCCCGCCCAGGCCCCGGCCUCCUGCAGCCUCUCUCCGGCCUCUCUCGGGCUUUCGUCUUAAGUUUUGAGGCCGGAGGCGUCGUGGCCGUCCUGCCGGGCUCUCUGUAAGGAUGGUGGGAGUGAAGCCGGUCGGGAGCGAUCCAGAUUUCCAGCCGGAGCUGAGUGGGGCGGGCUCCAGACUUGCUGUGGUCAAGUUCACCAUGAGAGGGUGUGGACCAUGUUUGAGGAUCGCCCCGGCAUUCAGUUCUAUGAGUAAUAAGUACCCACAGGCAGUCUUCUUGGAAGUAGAUGUGCAUCAGUGCCAGGGAACAGCUGCCACCAACAAUAUAUCAGCAACACCUACAUUUUUGUUUUUUCGAAACAAAGUGAGAAUUGAUCAGUAUCAAGGAGCAGAUGCUGUGGGACUGGAAGAAAAAAUCAAGCAGCAUUUAGAAAAUGACCCUGGAAGCAAUGAGGACACAGACAUUCCCAAGGGCUAUAUGGAUUUAAUGCCUUUUAUUAACAAAGCUGGCUGCGAAUGUCUCAAUGAAAGUGAUGAGCACGGCUUUGACAACUGCUUACGAAAAGACCUGUCCUUCUUGGAGUCUGACUGCGACGAGCAGCUGCUUAUUACUGUGGCAUUCAAUCAACCAGUUAAACUUUAUUCCAUGAAGUUUCAAGGACCAGAUAAUGGUCAGGGUCCUAAAUAUGUAAAAAUUUUUAUCAACCUACCCCGAUCUAUGGACUUUGAGGAGGCAGAAAGGAGUGAGCCAACCCAAGCUCUGGAACUGACAGAAGAUGACAUUAAAGAAGAUGGCAUUGUUCCUCUUCGUUAUGUUAAAUUUCAGAAUGUGAACAGUGUAACUUUGUUUGUUCAGUCUAAUCAAGGAGAAGAAGAAACAACAAGAAUUUCCUAUUUUACUUUCAUUGGUACUCCCGUCCAGGCAACAAAUAUGAAUGACUUCAAACGAAGAAUACAUAUUGGCAAGUUGAGAGUUGUCAGCCUGUGAAACAGUAGUUGGCAAAAAGGGGGAAAGCCAUUAGGGUACAAAAGACACUGGAAGACUACUGCAGUCAGAUUUGCAGCUCCUGGAUAAUUGCUUGAUUCUCUUCGGAAACUGUUAAUCUUUUAUUUGUUGCCAGUACCAAUAAAUCAUUGCUUUUGUUCAGAUGGUAAUACUAGUGUUUCUAUUGUAAUCUUGAUACAUGCAGUUGUAAAUAAAAGUCAUUACUUUGCCAAGCUUAAAUUUUUGUCAUUCUGUAUAAAUGCAUUCUCUCUCUUUUUAUUUGAACAUAGGCUAAGCUUUUGUUUUAGAAGAGUUGUUGACUAAAAGCUAGUCUGUCUCUAAAGGAGCGGAAUGUUGCAGGACUUGGGAGCACUGUCUAUACAUGUGGAGUGUUUUGAUAUGGACUUGAGACAUCCGUAUAUGUGGAAUGUUUUGAUGCAUGGAUUUGGGAUGGUUAAUCAAGUUCAAGACCAUACUGACUUAUUCUAUCAAAAGAUAUUUAGGGAUCUAGGCUUUAUAAAUUUACUCAAUUCUAAGCAUCUAUUACUCCUGUCACUGGCAGUUAACAGGUUUACAAAUGUUUUGUUUCUAAGUUAUCUUCACCAUUGAUAUCCUUGUGUACCUGCCGCCCAGAUGGUGGGAUUGUAAGCAUAUACCACUCUCGUGCCAAGAUUUUAACUCUCUGUAUAAACCUAAAAGUUAGAGUUAGCUAUUCCCUUUAAUAAGGCAGGCAUUAAUACUAAAUUCAGAAAAUUUGGAAAAAUAUAAUACAACGAAUUUAUCGAAAUUUAGAAGUGGAAUCUAAUCUAAUUUAUUAUCUUAAGUUCACCAAAACAUUCACUCUAAAUAUAUAGAUAGAUAAAGCUUAAAAUGAGUUGUCUCAACUGAUUGAAAGGUCUUUCACAAUAGACUGGCUAAGACAAAUAUUUGUUCUUACAUGCUUUUUUAACACUUAAUAUUGGCAAAUUUAAUGUUUAAAUACUUUAUUUUUUAUGUGCAUGUGUGUUUUGCCUCCGUGUGUGUAUUCAUGUGGGUGUGGUGCCUAACAGAGGCCAGAAGAGCCUCAGAAACCCUGGAAAAGGGGUGGGAGCUGCUUGGGAACUGCCGUGUGGGUGGUAGGAACAAACCCCGGCCUCUACAAGACUGCUGCUCCAGCCCACAAGGUUGUCUUGUACUUGAUUACUUUAAAAGCAUAUGUAAGACUAUAAUUUGUAAUUCAGUUACACAUUUGAGGACAUUCUUAUCUAGAAAUAGUACAGAGAUUCGCCCUUUGGAUACUAAUGUAUUUAUACAUAAUUAUGAAAAAACUAUCGUCGUUGUUGAAGUAGUGUUGAAGUACUCCUUUUCUGAAACUUGUGUCCUUACGUGAUGUUCAGAUCAUUUGUAUGUGAGUACAGUAACUGGUCUGUGUUGCGGCUGUAUUUUAUGUAUUUCACAGAGUUUGUUGACUCGGAACAAAUGGAAGACAACAAAAUAAAAGUUUAUAGUACCUGUAAA